CACCAGGUUGUACCGCGCACACCUUGCACAGUUACCCUCUGCUCCAGUUCCCGCACGCGGUUGGUGUUGUCGCGCACGCGACACCACGGCACACCACACGGCACCGAGAGUCGUCCGCUCGAUCACGUCCGAUAGAUCGCUCGCGCGCGCGCGCGCGCGCGAUCGAUCGUCCGUCUUUCUCAGCAGCUUGUACAACGUCGCCGUCGAGGAGCGAGCUCCUGCGCGCGCGCGCGCGCGCGCCCUUCGCCGACGAAACCGACCGCGCGGAAAGGACACUUAUCGAUCCGCGUGGCGAGGCGAGGCGAGGCGAGGCGAGGCGAGGCGGUCUCCGGCGCACGCUAGGCGAUGACGACGUCUGCUUCGAGCGGACGAAUGAUGAGUAACAACGUGCCGGGAGGUAUGACCUCGAGGUACGGUGACGAGUGAGGAAGGAUGAUGACGAUUCUCGCGUGCCGUCGGUGCGCAGGAACGAUCGACUAUUGAAAUUUGGAUCAUAUUCACUCACGCUCACGAAGAGCCGCGAUCGAGACUCGUCGAUUUGCUGCGCUGACAACGCCUACAACGACCACGACAACGACGAUGACGACGCUGAUCGCUUGAUCGAACGUGCGUCAACGAGAGGAGAAAGAAUCUCGGAGACCCGCGAGCGCGAGCGCGCGCGCUUUGGUACCAAGCGAGAGAUCGGCUGAUCGCCGAACAAAAAGGAAACGGACCGCUCGACAGCGCGGACAGGAAGUCGCGUGAAACAGCUUCGCGGGGACGAAGACAAGGGAUAUUCUUCGCGUCGCUUUGUUCGCGGCGAGGAGCUGCGAGUCGACAAGACGUGGACUCAAAGGGACUGACACGGCGGAACAAUAAGACAACGAGACAAUAAGAACCGGUAGCUCCUCUUCGUCGGGAGGGUGCUCUUUGAGCGCCGGAUUUCUUCGCGGCCGUUCGUCGCCGGCUACAGACCGACACGAGUGGUGGACCUCACCGAUGGCGAGGUGUAAGCGCGAAGCGUAAGCGCGAAGCAACCACAUAUCUUUUCCUCUCUUUCUCCUUUCCUCUUUCUCUUCCUAUCCCGCCCACCCCCCCCUCCCCUCCCCUCUCUUUUGCUUUCUCUCUCGUGACUGCCGGACGAUUGAUCACCGGUGCUUGCUUGCGGUUCGCGCGAUCUCGCCGCUGCGAUCGGCCAAGGAGAGAGGAUCGUUAAGCGUCGCGGGAGUAACGAUGAUGAGCUGGCCGAUAAGUUCCCUCGGCAUCGAAAUUGUUAACGAGACGACAACAACGACCACGACGAUCUCCUCCCCCAGGAGGAGGACAAUCGGCCGCCGAUAUUCUCGCGUGAGAGCGCGCAAGAUCGCCGUGCCUCGACGAUAACGCCUGAGUCGCGUGUCCGCGCGAUCUGAGGUACGAGAGCUCGGCUAUUCAAGUACUUGCCGCACCGAGAUAAGCACGGCACAUAGUUAUCUUUUUAAUUAGUGUUUAUUCACUGACGUCCUCUUCACUGACAGCCGUGCGUAUUCGUCGUGUGCCCAUUAGGAUAACCGACUCGCCGGCGUCUGCUUCGGAUAAACGCAUCCACCGCAUCGGCGAUAGACUUUCUAAGUAAGUCGGUUCAGCCGUGCCGCGGUCUUGUCCGGCGAUCGCGCCUCAUUAAGGUGAACCGGGUAAAUCGCUUAAAGUUACAUUCCGCCGAUAACGCGGCAGUCCGCCUCAAAGAAGGAAGACACAGCGGGCUUGAGAGCACGACGACUCGGUUCAUCAUCCGCGGUUCUUUUCACCACGGCCGUUCAUCCGAGAAUCCGAGCAUCUCUGAAGCAGCCCCGGAUCUCUCUGAAUCCACGAUCUUAAUUAUCAGCAACGAAGAACGAGAAGAAGAGAGAGAGAGAGAGAGAGAGAGAGAGAGAGAGAGCCGUGACAAGACGCGCGUGAUUGAUACGCGCGAUCGAGAAGCUGCGCGAAAGAAAACUGUCGUCGUCGCUUAGUCACCGCCAAGAGGGAACCUUUCCCGAGAGAGUAUUUGGGGACGGUAAACACUCUCGCCGCGCGGCAGGGCGGGAGUGUUAAGCGCGCAAACACUUUAGAAAAUCCAAAUGUUGGCUCUGCAGUUGGACUCUUUCGCACCUGUCCGGCGCUCGCGGCUUUCCGCCGCCGCCGCCGCUACAAGGCGCUAACGAGAACCUGGAGUGAUCGAAAUCGCGACAAGCUCCGGGAACUUGUCGCGACGCUCGCGGACAGUGCUGGGCAAACUGAGGAGAGACAAAGUUACACAGUUAUAAAAUAUACGUGCCGACGAGAGAGAUUCGUGGGAGCGUACUCGUCAAGUGGUGUAACGGAAACUGCGCGACACACAGAUCGCAGCCGAUCCGGCCCGGCAACGGAACGGGGUCGGUUCGUUUCGAGCGAACGACGGGACUUCCGGCGAGCGCCCACCCGGCCUGAUCGCGGAAGCGUAAAACUUUGUCGCGUGCACAUCCGUUUUAUGCAUUCAAUAACAACAAGGUGAUUGUGAUGUAAGAGAUGCGUCGCGGUGAUAUCGCGACGAUCGCGAUAGCCCUUCUCGUUCUUGGGCAGAUCCAGGAGCCACGGCGAACUAGGGUGGUCGGAGCGGUGGUAGUUGGCGCGGCUGUCUGCGGCCGCAUCCCCGGCUUGGCGAAAAGUCAACGAGAGCAGUGCAGAAAAGCGCCGCACGCGAUGCCCGCGGUGGGCGAGGGCGCCGCUCUGGGUCUUCGCGAGUGUCGCCACCAAUUCAGGCAUCAUCGUUGGAACUGCUCCCACGUGGCCAACGAUCAGGUCUUCGGCCACGUGGUGGUAGUAGGUAGCAGAGAGGCAGCUUUCACGUACGCGAUAAGCUCGGCUGGUGUCACAUACGCGGUGACCGCGGCUUGCAGCCGCGGCAACAUCACGGCCUGCGGUUGCGAACCUGCAGUCAGGACGAGGAAGGAAUUACCGCCAAACGGCUGGGAGUGGGGCGGUUGCAGCGCGGACGUCACGUACGGGAUGAGGUUCGCGCGCAGGUUUCUGGACGCGAGGGAGAUCGAAGGAGACGCUCGGAGCUUGAUGAAUCUUCACAAUAACAAGGCCGGAAGGAAGAUAGUUAAAGCUCUUCUGCAAACAGAAUGUAAGUGUCACGGUGUGUCCGGUUCGUGCACCGUGAGAACAUGUUGGAGAACGUUACCUAGUUUCCGCCAGAUUGGCGACGCGCUGAUGAAAAAAUAUUACAGGGCACGACCCGUUAUAGCCAUUACACCGCCCACCCCUCCCACGACUAUGGACACGCUGUCGCAUUCCAUGUCGCCACAAAUGGUGCCCAUACUGGGUAACGACGCCAAAACUCAGGGCAAGCCAAACGAUUUCGCAAAGUCGCGGCACGAUCGGCAGCCCCCGAAAAAGACCACCAAGCCAAAGAGGCCGCACUUGGUCCUCAAGAAGACGAAAGUGAGCGGCGGCCCUGGUAUGAGUCUCAAGAGGAUUCCAAAGAGAAGCGAGCUGGUUUUUUUACAAGCCUCCCCCAAUUAUUGCGAGCCGGAUUUGACUCAGGGUAGCCUCGGCACACAGGGCAGAUAUUGCAAUCGUACUAGCAAAGCGAGAAAGAACUCACCUCUGUCUUCAGGAACUGACGGAUGCGAUUUGAUGUGCUGCGGCCGCGGCUAUAACACACACCAAUUCACGAGGACGUGGCAAUGUAGAUGCAAGUUCCACUGGUGCUGCCGUGUCCAUUGCGAGACCUGUACUGAACGAACUGAAGAAUACACCUGCAAAUAGCCUGCAUCAACAACACGCGAGAUAUAUACGUACAUACACGUGUAAACAACUAAUCUCGAUUCGGGCACACUAUGUCAUGACCGGCAAAACAGAUAAACAAACCUCACGCGACUAGACUACUGUUUACAUUUCUCGCCGAUGUAAGAGCAAAACAACACGUUGAAGAAUACGAUACACGAGACAUCUUAUUUAGAAUAGAGAUAUCCGCAUAAUGGACGUUUAACUUCCGAUUCUUGUUCAAUACCGAUCCCUAGCUGUCGUCAAGGGGCGCAGCUAUACAUGAUCAAAAACGCUUUCUAACCUUAUCCGAUGAGAUGUGUGUUUAGCGAUCCACUCGAGCCUAAGACGAAAGCGAACCGUAUUAGACGCUUAAACAAAUUCUUUCUAGACGCCGAAUGUAGAUGUAAUCUGUAUAGAGUUCAAUAAUUACCGUUAUUUUUUGCCGUCUACUCUUAUACUUAUUUGCAUUUAGACUCCGACGCCUCGUAUAUCAAUAUGACCGCCAUGAUCAAUUGGCGCUAAUUUUAACAUCUUGCGAAUGUUCGAGAACAUCAUCAUGUUUUCAUCAUUUUCUCAUCAUGUUCGCGAACAUGAUCGACGAAGUGUACUUUAUAAGUAGCUUGCGUAUAUGCUCUCGUAAGAUUAGCGAUGCAUAUAAACGAUAAGAUUGCAUUAUUACGUUUCCUUGAAAUCAAUAAUCAGAAUGAAUCUUCUCUUCCUCCUUUCUCUUCACCCGCAGUGUUUUAUAGACUUUCGUCAUACCUUAUAUAGAAAUAUAUACAUAUAUGUAUACCUCGUAAAUUAUUAUUUAUUAAAAGCGCACCAUAUAAAUUAUAUUCCUGUACGUAAACAAUGUUUGUCUCUUCGCUGAUUAAUAAAAUGCAAACAUAUUA